AUGCGCUUCUCCAUCUUCGCUCUCGCCGCCUCACUGGCCGCUGUGGUGACUGCUACCCCUAUCGUCAAACGCGCACCCAUCAACAGCACGCAACCAUUCUAUCUCCUAACAACCGACUCACCAACCUACUCUCAAAACACUUCUCGCCUCCCAAACGUCUCUUUGACUACCCUCUUCGAUCCCUACUACCAACCCAACAACCUGCUCCGCCUCAUCGGUCCCGGCUAUGGCAGGGUUCCCCAAUUCACACUUUCGGAUGGAGUAUUGCACACACCCGGAAAGGGACCCCACGGCAUCGGCGACUACAUCUACAACAGCACUGAAGUCCACACCGGCUCGGAGUUGCAAUUCAGAGCUGAAUACGAAGGAGCUGGAGAUUUGACUCUCGAGGAGGGAUAUCUGCUUGGUGUGAAUGGAAGUACAACUGGAUGGACCAUCUGCGUGGAGGAGUUGGGUCAGAGUGUUGUAAGUUUGCUUGUGUUAAAGAUUUCUGGGGAGAUAUGUACUGACGAUGACACAGNNAUUGAGUGGAAGGGCACAGAUGAUGGAUGCACGCAGACCUACAUCCAGGCUGCUUUGACUGUGCCUUACUAA